AGGAGUCUUGAGCAGAUUCAAGCAGCUAUCAACAGAGAAUGAAAAAUGCCUGCACUCUUCCAUGUAGUCCCAUUUGAGCUUACAUGACUCUUGCAAUACCACACAUUCGGAGAUGGAAAAUGAUCAUGAAGCAGGGACGAGCUGCCAUGCGAAGAAGAAUCACUUGUGUGCCCCUUCAGCUUGCGGUGAGAUCCGUAACAUAAGUUAUCCUUUUCGAUUGAAAGGCGAUCCAAAAAACUGCGGUAAGUCUCUCUUUGAGCUAGCUUGUGAAAAUAACCGCACUGUUCUACAUCUACAUGCCAGCCGAUAUUAUGUAAAGUCGAUCCAUUAUAGUGACUAUUUUAAUAAAGAUAUAUUCGGUGGUAAUAUCACGGUGGUUGACGAUGGACUGCAAAAGAAUAAUUGCUCGUCCCUUCCUCGUUACUCAUUGGCGCACUCCAACCUCAGUUUAUAUGAUCGAUCCAACAUUUUUGAGGCACCCUCAUCAGUGUCCGUGGCCUUCAUGAAGUGCUCGCAACCUAUUACAUCUACUUCGUAUAUUGAUACCAAACCUUGUAUUGAGGGAUACGCUGCCAGCACACCUCCUUAUUUUUCCCCAACGAAGGUGUACUCAUACGCUGUACUCGGAGAUCUACAAGUAGGGGAUAUCAAGGACUCUUGCACCGUAACCAUGAUGGCACUCGCAGGGGAUCAAAUCUCAGGGCGGAAAGAAAAUCAGAAUGGGAGCUUACCAUACAAGGACCUCCACAACCUAAUGGUCGAGGGAUUCACUCUCUCCUAUCCAUCCUACAUUUUUGAGGGAAGAUCCUUUCCAUGUUACUUCUUAAGUUUUGGAUACCGAAAGGAGUAUUGCGGCUAUUAUUUCCGCACCCCUAAUUCUUCGUGGGCCAUGCAUUGGCUUGCGGCACCUGUAGGUCGGAGCCUCGCCUUUCCCUUAGCCAACUACGUCGCAGCAAAAUUCAUAGUCGGAGCUCCAUGUGUGUUGAUACUUCUAAUCUAUAAGUGGAUGAGAAGGCACCGGGCGAUGGACGCAAACAUUGAAGAAUUCCUACAAGUUCAAAACAACUUUUUGCCCAUAAGGUACUCUUACUCGGAUAUCAAGAAGAUUACAAAAAAUUUCAAAUGCAAAUUAGGUGAGGGGGGAUAUGGCUCUGUGUAUAGAGGAAUCCUUAGAAGUGGCAAUGAAGUUGCGGUUAAAAUUUUGAACAAACCAGAAUCUAACGGCCAAGAUUUUAUUAGCGAAGUGGCCACAAUUGGAAGGAUCCACCAUGUCAAUGUGGUGCAACUUGUUGGUUUUUGCUUCGAUUACUCCAAACAAGCUCUGGUCUAUGAUUUCAUGCCGAAUGGCUCUUUGGAUAAACACAUUUCGAAUAAGGAUGGUGAUGAUCCUCUUGAUUAUAAGAAAAUGCAUGAGAUCUCUCUUGGCAUAGCUAGAGGGAUAGAGUAUCUCCAUCGGGGAUGCGAUAUGCAAAUUCUACACUUUGACAUCAAGCCGCACAACAUUCUCCUAGACCAAAGUUUCACUCCGAAAAUUUCUGACUUUGGACUUGCAAAACUUUAUCCCAUUGGUCAUAGCAUAGUAUCGUUGACUGCAGCAAGAGGAACCUUGGGUUAUAUGGCGCCUGAGCUAUUCUACAAAGACAUUGGUGGCAUUUCUUAUAAAGCUGAUGUUUACAGUUUUGGGAUGAUGUUGAUGGAAAUGGCCCGUAGAAGGAGAAAUAUAAAUGCACAUGCAGAGCAUUCAAGUCAAAUUUACUUUCCUCGAUGGAUUUAUGAUCAACUCAGCAAAGAAAAGGAGAUUGAAAGGGUAGAAGUCAUAGAAGAGGAAAGAGAAACGAGGAAGAUGAUAAUCGUUGCGCUAUGGUGCAUACAGCUAAGCCCUAAUGAUCGGCCGUCAAUGAGGACAGUCCUAGAUAUGCUUGAAGGAGAUAUCGAUAAACUACAACUGCCUCCAAAACCACUUUGGUAUCCUGGAGAGGCACCGACUAAUGAUGACAACAAUGAGAUAGAACUUGAAAUGGUCUCAUCUUCGUCAAGUGCUCCGAUAAUUUCUAGCAGUUACCAAUUUGACCACGACAAUGAGUUUACGAAAUCAUGUAUUGUGUGAUUGUUCUCCUCUUGUAGAAAUGAGAUGCGAAAUAUAAUUAACACUAUCAGCAUGUACCAUCAUUGAUAGUGUAAUCUAUGAAGCUUUUACAUGUUUUUCAUAUAGCAUUGGUGUUUUCUAUUAGACUCAUUAUGUCCAUGUUUUAUAAAUGACAAUGAAUGUUGUAUGGCAUUCGUUAUAA